AUGGCGACCAUGACUGAUCAAGUUUGUCGAUUCAUCUACCCUGUAAAGACGCCCAACAGGCCACCACGUCCUGCAAAUUAUCCGAUGCAAGUCCUGGCUCUCGGUCUUCCACGUUCUGGCACCGACUCUCUGAAACUCGGUUUGGAAAAGCUCGGAUACCACGACAUCUGGCACGGCUUCAACCUGCCCUCUUCGCGUGCCAAUGAUUGUCCCCUGUGGCUCCAGCUGCUUCAAGCCAAAGAGCGCGGCGACCAGCGCUUGGCGGAAAGUUUCGACUGGGAUAGGCUGCUCGCCGAGUGUGACGGUAUCAUGGACAUGCCUCCGCUGCUGUUCGCCGAGGAGUUACUGGACUUUUACCCUCACGCCGCGGUCAUAUUGAACAGGCGAAGAGACAUGAACGCAUGGCACCGUAGCCUGAACGAAGCAGUCGGGAUGACCAUUGGGAGUUGGAUCUUUUGGGUUUUGAGCCGUUGGGAUGCCAGGAUGUAUUGGUGGUAUCGGACAGUGGUGCUUAGCAUCUCAAUGAUGGGCAAAGGACCAGGAGGAUUCCAGCAAAACGGCAAACAGUGGGCAGAGGAUUACUAUCAAAAUUUGGAGUCCAAAUUGAACAAUGAAGGGAGAAAGUAUCUAAAGUGGGAAGUACAGCAAGGCUGGGAACCGCUAUGCAAGUUUCUGGACAAGCCAGUGCCAGACGAGGAGUUUCCGUGGGAGAAUAAGGCCGGAGCGGAAUUCCAGAAGAAGGUCGAGGCAGCCGGAAUCCGUAUGGCCAUCAGAGCCUUUCGGAACAUGGUGAUAGCAGGGGUGAUCGUUGGUGGUAGUCUAGCCUGGUGGUGGGAGUCGGCAUGA